AUGGCCACUCCAGGCAACCUCUACGUCACGAUGCAGCCUCACCCAGGCCUCUCCCUCGACCAGUUCCACGAGUGGUACAACAACGAACACGGCCCAACCCGCCUGCGCAUCCCCCAAAUCUUCACAAACGGCCUCCGAUACCGCGCAACAGACGGCAAAGCACCAGAGUUCCUCGCCGCCUACGACGUCACCGACAUGGCCCUCCUCGAGACCGAGACGUAUCUGACGCUGCGUGCGAACCGCUCGCCCAGAGAAGCCGCCACCAUCGCACAGGUAGACGUCGCGCGCUACUUUUAUGACCUGGUCCACGUCACAGAAUCCCCCCUCUUCAUGCCCAUUGAGAAGUUGACCGAUGAGGAAGCCAGCGGUCUCGUGGCCGUAACCACCGAAAUAACCCUGAAGGAAACCCCCGACGCAAGCGCUCUCUUCGAGAAAUGGUUCGUCGAGGAGCACGUCGGCUUCAUGGCCAAGAUUCCCGGCUGGCUACGAAGCCGCCUCUUCAAGACGUCCAGCCUCGAGUCAGGCCAGCCCAUAAAGUACCUCUCCUUCCACGACUUCGCAAAGGACAACGACCUCGCUGCCGCAGAGCAAAAUGCCGCCACCGACAUCUCCUGGAAAAAUGACGACUUUGACAAGUCCGUCGCUUCCAGAAACAGACGCACAUACUCCCUCUUCUACACAUUCGGCCCAGCUCCCCGCGAUCUCGAACCCUUGUCAAGGCUCCCAGAGUCCGCAUCAUUCACCUCCAACGACGGCAAGACAUCCACCAUCGCCGGCCCAAACCCCGUCAUCUCAUCCUUCGUCACCACACAAGACUCCCUGUCCAUUCCCUACCGCCUCGAGGGAAACCCCUCCCCCGACGCUCCCACCAUCGCAUUCUGCAACUCCCUCCUCACAUCCCUCCACAUGUGGGACGCCUUCAUCUCCAUCCUCAAGACGCACCGCCCCCAUCUCCGCAUCCUCCGCUACGACACCCGCGGCCGCCACGCCAUCCCCCAGCCUCCCGUGUCAGCAACACUCGACACUCUCGCAGACGACCUUCUCACCGUCCUCAACGCCCUCCGCAUCCCCAAACUAGACACCCUCGUAGGCGUAUCCAUGGGCGGCGCCACAGCCCUCAAGUUCACCCUCAAAUACCCCUCCCGUCUCUCCAAGUUCAUCGCAUGCGACUUCAACGCCGCAUCUUCUCCCGCAAACACCCAGGCGUGGAAAGACCGCGUCGCAAUCGCCGAGCAAGAUUCCGGCAACGGCAUCAAGUCCCUCGCCGACCAGACCGUCGCCCGCUGGUUCCACCCGUCUUCUAUGGAAAACCCCGACCUUGUCCGCACCAUGACAGACAUGGUCGCCGCCAACGACGUCGAAGGCUUCAAGCACAGCUGUACGGCGCUUUCUGACUACGACAUGAAGCCUGACAUGCCUUCGUGCGCCGUGCCCGGCUUAUUUGCUGUAGGAGAGGGUGAUGCAAAGGGAGCCCUGGUCAACGCAAUGGACGGCUUCAAAGGCCUCCUCGGACGAAACGGGACUCAACUCAAAGUCGUUCCCAACACUGGGCAUUUGCCCAUGUUUGAGGAUCCAAAAGCGUUUUGGGGAGCUGUUCAAGAUUUCUUAUAA